AUACAAAUGAUGGGAACGAAACCAUCUAAAAGAGGCAGUAUGAAGAAGGGUGUCCCGCCCUUGGAGGGCAGUGGUCUGCCACUGGCACAGGCCAUGCUAGGAGGCAGUGGCGACGCGGCAGCUGAGGACGACGAGGAUGAAGAGUUGAGGGAAGGAAAGCAAUUUGAGGAGCCCAUAUGUGCUCUGGUUCAGAACUGCACCAUGUUGCACAACAUUGUGGGCCCGGCCUGCAUCUUCCUGCGACAAAGCUUCGUUCAGGCUCAACUCGACAGAGAUCUACGGCCAGAGGAAAUUGAAGAGCUGAAAGAAGCUUUCCGAGAGUUUGACAAAGAUAAAGACGGCUUCAUUAGCUGUAAGGAUCUGGGCGAGUGCAUGAGGACGAUGGGCUACAUGCCUACAGAAAUGGAGCUGAUUGAACUUAGUCAGCAGAUUUGUGGCGGAAGAGUGGACUUUGAGGACUUUGUAGACCUGAUGGGACCAAAGAUGCUGGCUGAAACGGCAGAUAUGAUUGGAGUGAAAGAACUCAGAGAUGCUUUUAGAGAGUUUGACUCCAAUGGUGACGGUCAGAUCAGUCUGGCUGAACUGAGGGAAGCCAUGAAGAAGCUGAUGGGAGAGCAGCUCAACCACAGAGAGAUUGAUGAGAUCCUCAGGGAUGUGGACCUCAAUGGAGACGGCCUAGUUGACUUUGAAGAGUUUGUCCGAAUGAUGUCUCGCUAAUUAUGAGGACGCGCGAAAAAGGAAGACAACAAGCACUUUGCCAACUCCUACUGUGAAGAGUGAAAUAUGCGUCUCCUACUUUAAAUUACCCAACAAUUAAUGUUCUUUCUAAAAAAUAUCAAAAAGACGUCCAAACACAGACAUCUGGGCUAAAAUAGAUAGACUUCCCACGUGUAGUCAUUCAUUCAUGUCUAUUUGAUGGCUAGUUUAUUUUUGUAUAAUUAUAUGUCGAUUAGGUUUUCACUGACAGCCCAUAUUUAGCCUUAUUUUAGCCCAGAUGUCUAUAUUUGUAGGAUACUUAAAAAAUAUAUAAUAAAUUAUAUUUCUCUAUUAAAAACUUCAUACUCCACACGUUUGCUUUUAUGAAGAAAACAGUUUUCUAAUAAUUAUAAUUUAUUAAACAUUUGGUAUUCAAUUUUACCAACCAUAACUAAAAAAGAGCAAAUUAAACCAGACCAAAGAACACGCACACACACACAUACACACACACACACACACACACACACAAACACACACACACACAAGAACUGUAAGAGUACCAAUCUGUAAAACACAUUACCCAUAAAAUCAUGCUAUAAAAAACUGGACAAUAACAUUCACUACUGAAAGAUGCAUAUGAGAUCGAAUGUACAUGAUUUUUAAGUCAGCAGCUGAUAUGAAUUAGUAUUAUGUGUGUUUUGGACAGUAAACCACUGGCUAAUGGAUCUAGAGUUCCUGGAUGAGGCUUUUAGGACUGUGUUAAUAGCUUUCCCUAAGGGAACGGGAUAUUAGCAUGCAAAACUGGAAGGGUUUAGAGUUAUUGAACACAACUGCCUGGAGAUCCCUAUGUUUCUGACUGUUUCUGAUCUCUCCUUGCUGACGUCUGUGUUUAAACCGAUGUUUCUUUUUCUUACUAUAUAUGUUCUUGAAAACAACAGUAAAAAGACUUUAAUAUUUUUAUUGUUAUUUCUGUACACGUAAAGAUUGUAUAUAUUCAACAAGGUAUUAAAUUAAAUGAAAAUCAUUACAAUUGA